GAAAAAGGAAAUUUCAGAUUUCUAAAUUUGAAGCUUAUUUUAGCGGUUUUCGACAAAUUUAUUAAAAAGUUAUAAACACGUACCUUGUAUAACAGAUCUUUUUUUACAUAGCCUUACGUGCUCUGAUGUCCUCUAUCCAACGGUGAAAAUCCCAAGUCUCUAUCAUUUUCCUUUCAAAAGUUAUAAGAAUUCUGCCCAAGCAACUUAUUUUCAGAAAUGGAUAAUAUUUAUAUGUUGCUUCGUUUCAUAAUAAAAUACUAAACUCUCAACUCUGCUAAAAUUCUAUUUCUGAAAUUUUGUAACACUUGGUCAUGCUGAUAUCUUUAUCGAUAUUACAUAGAACUCAAUACCGAUCAUUAGCUAUUAAAUUUUACAAUAAAUAAUUCAUUUUCUUUGUAUUAUAGAAAAAAUGAAUAUGAAACAGCGACGGAUCAAUAUUGUAAAACAAUCGGAUUUUUAGAACCAUCUUAUGUUAUUAAAAAAUUUCUUGAUUCUCAACAUAUAGAUCAUUUAACACGAUAUUUAGAAGAAUUACAUCGUGAAAAAUUAGCUAAUACUGAUCAUACAACAUUAUUACUUAAUUGUUAUACUAAACAUCCUGAUCGUAUAAAUCGUCUAGCAAAAUUUAUUGGUUUAAAUGAAACAUCUCCAUCAACAUCUGAUGUUGAAUUAAGUUUUGAUGUUGAUAUAGCAAUUGAUGUUUGUCGACAAGCUAAUUAUUUUGAUGAAGCAUUAGCACUAUCAGCUAAAUAUCGUCGUCAUGAUAAAUAUAUUAAAAUUCAAAUUGAAAAUAAAAAAGAUUAUGAUAAAGCAUUAACAUAUAUUCAAACAUUAAAAUUUGAUGAUGCUUUACAAGCAUUUCGAAAUUAUGGUAAAAGUCUUAUUAAAGAACAACCAAUAUUAACAACAAAAUUAUUAAAACAACUUAAUCCAACACCACAACAAAUUGAACAAGAACAAUUACCAGAAUCAUUAAUUAAUUUAUUUAUGAAUAAUCCAGAUGAAUUACUUGAUUAUCUUGAAUAUGCUGUUAAACAAUAUCCAAAAGAUCAUCUUGCUACAACAGUUUAUGAUACAAUAUUAGAAUUACUUUUACAAAAAUAUAAUAAAACUAAUGAUAAAAAAGAAAAUGAUCGUAUUAGUAAUCAAAUUUUAACAUUACUUAAAGACUCAAAAGUAAAUUGA